AUGGAGCGCGCGCUCUACACAUCGAUCUCCGCGGCGCUGGAGCCGCUGGUGAUGGCGCAUCUCUUCUCGCGAAAAUGCCGAGGUCUGGAGCAUCCCACGCGAUGGAAGGAGCGCCUCGGCUAUCCCUCGCUUCCUCGCCCCUCUGGAACCCUCAUCUGGUUCCACGCCGUGUCGCUAGCUUACUACUGGGACUUUGACAGCAUUGUGAGUAACUCCAAGUACAUUUCGCGAUUUAUCCAAUGUGUUCGUCUUCUUUUCCGUAGCAAUGUCCUCCGGAGCAAACUUUCUCAUGGUGUAAUCUUCCAGUUUGUUCCGGUGGAUACUCCAGCAGCGGUGGACAGAUUUUUGAGUCACUGGAAGCCACAGGCUGGUAUAUUCAUGGAAAGUGAGCUUUGGCCAAAUCUUCUCUUGUCAUCGUCCUCGAGAAAGAUUCCUAUGGCUCUGUUGAAUGCGCGGGUAUCUGAGAAAUCUUUCACUCGAUGGUCUUGUUUCACCUCGAAGUCGCUUGUGGGUGAAAUGCUUGGAAGUUUUUCUUUGAUAUGCCCUCUGAGCACCAAUGACGCGGUACAUCUGCAGCUUUUGGGUGCGUCUCCUGGCGUCAUACAUUUCUCUGGAAAUUCGAAAUACGCAUGGGGAGCAUCUCAGGACAAGUCGCAAAUGGAAGAUCUCCUGCUAAUGAAACGAAAAGUCUGGCUAGCAUCGUCGACACAUGCUGGUGAAGAGGAAGUUAUUGCAGAGGUGCACUUGACACUCAAACGAACAUUUCCAGAAAUUCUUACAAUCCUCGCACCACGGCAACCCAGUCGUGCAGAGUCAAUCAUGAUGGUGCUGCGAAGCCAUGGAUUGAAGGUUGCACAGAGGUCCAUCAACGAGAAUAUUUGCCUAAAUACUGACAUCUAUCUCGCAGAUACCGUAGGUGAAUUGACAAGACUUUACAACUCUGUUCCAAUAGCUGUUGUUGGUGGCUCGUUACUAAAAGGUUUAGCUGGUCACAACAUGGCGGAGGCUGCAGCAUGCGGUUGCGCUGUUCUUACAGGAACACACUUGGGUCACUUCUCCAAAAUGCUGAAAGAAAUGCAGUCGAUCUCUCCAUUAUCCAUCUUACAAGUUUCCUCCGCGGAUCUAGCGUCCGCCUUGAUGGAGCUUUUCUCUGACGAAGGAGUUCUACGACUUCGUAGGAAAGCCGCAAAAGCAGCUUCAACCACUGCGGCUGCUGGCAUCAUCGACAAUAUCUUCAAGCUGCUAGAGCUCACCAUAUUCCAAGGAAUCGCGAUGGGAGGCGAAGUUCCAGCAGCUACGCACGAUGGUGAGUGCUCCAAAGAUGGGUCCUCCUCCUGCUGGAAGAAGGAUGAUGAUUCCCAAGGCCCAGAAGAGGAUGAAGAUCUACGACUUGGACGAGGCACUGAUCAUGUACAAGAAGUUCCGGGAUAUUGUCAAGCUCAGGGACUUGCUGGAGAUGUCGCAGGGCCAUGUCCUUAACCUCCAUGCACUGGGA